CCUGACACUGUUUAGAGCAUAUAUUGGUCGAUACAGCCUCUUAUUGCAUCUGCUCUGGGAAUUAAGGAAAGCAGCUUGAAGGCAGAAAGGAACAGGACACAUUAGAAAGAUGACUCUAAACUCCCUAGCUGUCUUUCUGCUGUUGAUCAGUGGCAUUUUUUGCCAGUAUGACUACGGUCCUGGAGACGAUUAUGGCUAUGAUCCUUUCGGGCCAUCUGCAGCAGUCUGUGCCCCAGAAUGUAAUUGUCCUUUAAGCUACCCUACUGCCAUGUAUUGUGACAAUCUUAAGCUGAAAACCAUUCCCAUUGUCCCAAGUGGAAUUAAAUACCUUUAUCUCCGAAACAAUAUGAUUGAGGGAAUUGAAGAGAACACGUUUGACAAUGUAACAGACCUACAGUGGCUGAUCCUGGAUCACAACCAUUUGGAAAAUUCAAAAAUUAAGGGAAGAGUCUUCUCUAAACUAAAGAACCUGAAGAAACUUCACAUUAACUACAACAAUUUGACUGAAGCUGUCGGACCACUUCCCAAAACUCUGGAUGACCUGCAAUUAAGUCACAACAAGAUCACAAAAGUCAAUCCUGGUGCAUUUGAGGGGCUGAUGAACCUGACUGUCAUUCACCUCCAGAACAACCAGCUGAAAGCAGAUUCUAUUUCUGGGGCUUUUAAAGGCCUGAAUUCACUUUUGUAUCUUGACUUAAGCUUCAAUCAACUUACAAAGCUACCAACAGGACUGCCUCACUCCCUGCUCAUGCUGUAUUUUGAUAAUAACCAAAUUUCCAAUGUUCCUGAUGAGUACUUCCAAGGUUUUAAAGCCCUACAAUAUUUACGCUUAUCCCACAAUAAAUUAACAGAUUCUGGAAUACCAGGUAAUGUCUUCAACAUCACAUCCCUAGUUGAGUUGGAUCUCUCCUUCAAUCAGCUGAAGAGCAUUCCAAUUGUCAGUGAGAACCUGGAAAACUUCUACCUCCAAGUCAACAAAAUUAACAAGUUCCCACUGAGCAGCUUCUGUAAGGUGGUUGGGCCGACGACCUACUCCAGGAUCACGCACCUGCGCCUGGACGGAAACAACCUGACGCGGGCCGACCUGCCGCAGGAGAUGUACAACUGCCUGCGGGUGGCCGCCGAGAUCUCGCUGGAUAUGCUACUAGGGAGUUUUAUUGAGAAACAGCUAAUUGUUUUUUCCCCUUCCAAGGCAAACACCAUGAUUUUGAAAGUCUAUACAAGCCUUUGGCUCUUAUUCUUGGUCAAUUCUGUGUGGACUCGAACUGUGAGACAAGUUUAUGAUGAUCUGGAUCCUGGCCACUGGUCUCACUAUACUUCUGAGUGUCCACAGGAGUGCUUUUGUCCUCCUAGUUUCCCCAAUGCAUUAUACUGUGAUAAUAAAGGACUUAAAGAAAUACCUCCAAUUCCAGCCAGAAUUUGGUACCUCUAUCUUCAAAACAAUCAAAUUGAAACAAUUUCAGAGAAGCCUUUUGCGAAUGCCACUCAUCUGAGAUGGAUAAAUCUGAACAAGAAUAAGAUCACAAACAGUGGGAUUGAGAAUGGUGUGCUGAGCAAGCUGAAAAGGCUGCUUUACUUAUUCCUUGAAGAUAAUGAGUUGGAAGAAGUUCCUGCUCCAUUACCAGUGGGUCUGGAACAGCUAAGACUAGCUAGAAACAAAAUCUCUAAAAUCCCAGAAGGAGUCUUCAGCCACUUGGAAAACCUUACUAUGUUAGACCUGCACCAGAACAGUUUGUUGGACAGCGCUCUUCAAAGUGAUACCUUCCAAGGACUCAACAACCUCAUGCAGCUCAACAUCGCAAAAAAUUCACUCAAGAAAAUGCCUUUAAGCAUUCCAGCUAAUACACUGCAGCUCUUUUUGGACAACAACUCCAUCGAAGUCAUACCAGAAAACUACUUCAGUGCAAUACCCAAAGUGACUUUCCUUAGGCUGAACUACAAUAAACUAUCUGAUGAUGGUAUCCCUCCAAAUGGGUUUAAUGUUUCAUCUAUUCUAGACCUACAGCUUUCUCACAAUCAGCUCACUAAAAUUCCACCAAUCAAUGCUCAUCUUGAGCACCUUCAUCUUGAUCACAACAAAAUCAAAAGUGUCAAUGGUACUCAGAUGUGCCCAGUUUCCAUUGCCCUAGAAGAAGAUUAUGGUUAUUAUGGCAACAUCCCUCGCCUCCGAUACCUUCGUCUGGAUGGAAAUGAAAUUCAGCCUCCAAUCCCACUGGACAUCAUGAUCUGUUUCCGACUACUUCAAGCUGUUGUCAUAUAA